AUGAGCAUUUCGUGCGCGUUAUCGAGCGAGUGGAAGUGCUGCGACAGAGCGGUUUCCUGGACAUCUGGCGAAGACAUAGUUGGUUUCCCGCGGAAAGCCUUGAGCGGCGACUUGAUUAGGGACGACAGCGACGAGCCAGACCCGGUGGCCGUGUGUUUUCUCACGAAAGUGGGCGACAUAAGCGGCUCUGCCACGGGAUCGACAAAAGAGUCUGCAGAAGGAGGAGGCGACAGGGGACCCAGUCUGUUGGGGUCUUUGGUGCUCGAAUGCACUUCUUGUGGGAACGUCUGGGCAAUUGGCGUCGACUCUACCGACUCGGGCGACCGUUGCUGCAUGCAGAACAAAACGGCCCUUUGCCUCCAUGGUGCGCCACUGGAUCACGUGCAACAGGUUGUACAACACAGUGAGCGUUGGAGCAGGAACGUUGUUCUGCUUGGCCACAUCCAAAGCGUUACCAACAAUGACCUGGUACUCGGUGUAGUUACCCUUUCUGAUGUCGAUGAGCAUCGAAGGAGGGUACCAUUCACCGUCAUCGGACCGGAUCAUGAAGUCGAUGAUGGAUUCUGGCAGGUCCACGCCGUCGCUCUUGGCAAUGGCAAGGAUCUCUUUCAUGGCUGGACGAACGAUCGAGUCGAUACCUCCAAACAGCUCGAGUCUGCCAAUGUCCACGUUGGUGAGCGCGGCGGUAGAGUUGACCGUGGCGUUGUACACGAGCUUUCUCCAUCUCGAGUAGUUCACGUCCUCGUCGUAGACGAUGUCGUUCUUGUCGUUGCUGUAGAGAUCAAUAAAGUCCUUACAUUUCUGCUCCUGCUUGGCAUAGUCUAG